AUGGGGACCCAGUACUCCUCUACAGGCAGCAUGGUCUGUGCCGACGUGGACGUUGAAGUGCUUAAGGACAAUCAACCUGUCCGUCUUCAGCACAGACGCCAGGAGGUCGUGCAGGUUCUCGUAGAAUUCGUUCCUUAUAGCAUCAUGGUUGGUCAUUGUUGGGGGGACGUAGACACUGACGAUGGCGGCGAAUUUGCCUUCCCGGAGCGACAGGCGGAGGCUUAUCAGGCGAUGGUUGAUACUCUGCGCAGACAGGGCAGUCGUCCCACGAUGUCGCUCCGAAUAGCAGAGGAGACGCCCGCGUCCCAUCGCGGUGCCUUGGGACGGCCUCCGCAGAAGAAGGUGUGGCCGACACUCACCUCCUCCAGUUGGCCGUGUUCGGAGAAGUGGGUCUCACUGAGUGCUGCGAUGUCCACCUUGUAGCGCGCCAGUUCUCGAGCCACUAGUGUCGUCCUCCGUUUCGGUCGGUUUGCUCCUUGGACUGUCUGAAAGGGAACGAAGAUUCCGGGCUGACGGAGUGAGCGGACUCGCCCUAUCAGUCUGAAUAAUUGGGUGGUGGGGAGGAGGAGAGUUAAGGGAGAGAGAGUGUGUUGUUUCUUGUUUUGUUGUUUUGACGUGAUUUUUGGGUCUGAGGCCACGGUCAGCCUGCGGACGUCGGGGGUCCCCAGCGUUUGUUUAGGGCACUUUUUCUAGCCCUUCCCCGCGGGUGGUGGAUGAGCAGUGCUCUCCCUAAGUAAGGCCGCUCAGUUGUCCCAGACGGCCGCCGGACUCCACUAUGGGCCACGACUUUUGUUUAGUGGGAGAACGACCCGAGUUAGCGUAGGCCUGCCUACGACGUCGCCGUAGGACUUGAAGGGGGAAGGGGAGGGAGGAAGGUAGAAGGCUAGAGAGACGGGAAGCAGGGCUUUUCCGUCCCUCUCGAGGCUGACUGGUUUCUGAAAUAGAAUCGGUGAUUGGAUAAUUUCAACAGAACGUCAUUUAGCUUACAGUAAGGACGGACACGAGCAAGCAGACAAAAAGGCAAGCGGGAGAGAACAGCAAGGAGCAAAGUCAACAGAGAAAAUCCAACUGAACGGCAUUUAGCUUUCAACAGGGACAAACAUAAACAAGUAGACAGAGGGUAGUCUAACAAGAACAAGCGAAAACAAAGUCAAUAGUGCAACGUUCGCUUAUUUGGAGGCUCGCUUACCUUGUAACCUUUUAUGGUGUGCCAGACGAAGCCUCAUCUCAGAGAUGCCGAUUCAGUGACCCAUCUGACCAGCGGAGCCGAAAUUGCCAUGUGCGGAGAUGCACGAACGUAAACCUUCACUUGGUUUAGCCCGCCGGUAGAGGCGUCUCCCGCAGCAUGGCCGCUAGGCAGAUCCUAGCUUUGGAGAGCCAGAAGAGAGGGUUUGGUGCCAGCGAAUGAAUGUUAGGCGUAGUCUACACCUGAAAGCAAAUGAGCGACUUACCACGCCCCUCAUCUGAAUCCCCCUCUGGACAUCCUUACACCCCGCCUGUUAUAUCACGCAGAAUGUCAAGGAUCUUUGGAAAGAAGCGUUUCCGUGCACACGGUCCUUUUUCGAACUGAAAUCAUUUACUUCCUGUGUACUGAGUAAGUUAUUUUUAAAUUCCUUUCCGACAGCAAACGGUGGCUUGAAGUACCGGCGCCCAACAACCUGCUAUAGAGUUGAACAGGUUGAAUUAGAAGGUGCUAAUCAAAACAACCAUAAAUACAGCAAUAAUCUGCAAUUGUGCAUUCACCAGGCGAACAAACUGCUGGUUGAUUGCCUGCUAUGCGUCAGUACUUCUCCGGAUAAAAAUCACGGUAUUGAGCUCAGUCCGGAAGGCUCCGCGUUUUAUAAUUUGCUGUACGCCUCCUCCCGCUCGAAGCAAAAUGGCAUGGGUGGGACAGAUUAAGCCCUUCAUGAGCUGCAAAGCUGCAUGCCUAGUUAUAAGCGAGGAAUUCAUCAUGCAUAUUCUGAGCGACCCGUUCACGAAGUGUCGACAUUGGAUUUCAUUUUCGAGCCGGCACCCUCAACAAAGAUAGAGAAAGCAACCAAUACGUCUAUGUCUUUUUUAAACCGGAUCUUCAGUUAGGACGGAAGUUACCUUAGGCAAGACCAGACAGCGAAAUACUUGUCCUUCUCUUGACCAUUUAGCCACAUUCUUAUUUAAUUUGCCCCCAAUAUAAGCCCAUCUGUCACGUUAGGUGGUCUAAAAAGACGUACUUCAACCUCGUUGUUAAUAAAAAUGCCAAUGGUAGAAGGGGCGCUCACCGAUCGUUCUUACGGAACUCACUCUUUCCGUUGUGCCUUACGGGCUUUCUCUCCAGUCCAACCAGCAGCCGCACAGCGGGGCAUGAUAUUGGCAGUAUGUUAUUACCGACAAAGACAAGGGAGACUGCCUAAAGCUGCCAAUCUUAACACGUUAUAAGUAACUCAUUUAUAAAUUUCGCUCUUCGCUGUUGAUUUUUCACUGUGAAUCGAUGUGCCUUAAUAGAAUGUACUCCUUGCGGCAUGUCGUGAACAAAAACGCUUGAGACGCCCUCAAUCGAACUGUGGGUAAACGUGCGGGAAAAGUUCCUCGCAACUACUAAUCGUAGUGAUCCUUUCCCUUGAAGUCUUGAUGGGAGGGAAGGUAGUAGCCGUUCGGCGCAAAUUUUGAUCUUUAACUAUAUAAGAAUGAUGUUUAAUGUUAAUUAAUUUCGUUUUAAUUGCGUUUGGAAUAGAAUCUGUCCACAACGUCCUUCACGAUAGUAAAUUCCCUUCCGGAACCUCAACUAGCCAUGUAGAGGUUGGUCGUUUAGCAAUUUUCGGCCUCGACCAGUGUUCAUGCCUUUUACCGAAACCCCCGCGCCUGGGUCACAGUAGGUAGAAGUAAGCAUUCUAAUUUCGUCGCGAAUUAUAAUCACAGUCGGAGUUGAGUCUUCUUAACCGAACCUCUCAGCCCGGGUCGUAGAGUUCAUACAGACUCCAGUUGACUUCACUCAACUUUAGUGAAAAACGGCAUCAUUAGAUCUGCUAAGUCAGCAGUAGUCUGUGUUCUACAGAAAUCUGUUUAAGCAGUUUCCUGAAACGGAUACUAACUAGUAUCGGUUGGGUACGUGAAUAGGGGUCCCCGCGUAUUACAAGCGGCCUCCAACUAAAUUUCGGGGAAAAGGGUGGUAGUAGAUUUAGAAUUUAGGUGAGCAGAGCUAGGAUUUGGGUCAUGGGGAUUAGUGUUAGGGUUAGGAUUAGGCCUAGGGUUAAAAUUAAGACACAGGAACGGGUAUCUCCUCUGGAAGUUAGCGCAAGACAAUCUGUAGUACGGAGAGUCCAUAUUCCCGUGUCCGACCGUAGUAUAUAUAUUUUGCGAGUACACUCAAACAAGUUUCCGUGCUGUCGAAAAUACCUUGAUCAUUUCAGCUACUCAGGGAUUUUCAAAGGUACGUUACAAUGUUAGUUUUCACAACUUUCCUGCCAACAGCGGACUGCAUCCAGUUGCGAUUUGGCAUGGAAAAAGUGCGCCCGUAGAAAACUUUGGACUUAACCGGUCAUGGUCGCGCUUUGUGAGGCCGACCUCGAUAAUAUCGUGGACUGUACCUUGUAGCGGCCAAGAUAGUGACACCUACGCUUACCGCCGAGGCACGACACCAAAUUCAACCAAUUGGUAGAUGAUAGGAGGCACCAGUAAGACUGGGGUGCAGUUGUAGCAAACGCCAACCGACCAAAUGGGUUGCCCAGCCAUUUGGAGCCGCUCGUGAGUCAUAUGCUGCCAGACUGCGCGUCACUUUUAUUCGUGGCAAACCCAUAAAUAAAUUGGCUGGUGCCAGUGCGCGGCUGGCUUUGCUGAUGAGGCAGUCACCCGAAGUGGUGGACUGUAUGAUUCAUGCGGCGCUGUGACGUGGAUUCCGGCUGCAGGCAGGAGGUUACGGUAACAAUAAGGUCUGAAACGUCUGUGCGUGACAACAGCGCAUCUGAAGGGUCCGACCCAAUCUACGUCCCGGUAAUGAAAAAGGAAAACCGAAGGCCAAAGCAACAUCCCGAUGUAAUGACAAACUGUGCCGAGUCCGGUUUUGAGCCGACUUUGCGCUGUCCCAAGUUGGGCAUUAGCGCGGACUUUGUGGAGCAAGCGACGAACAAAGUGCCAAAUCUGCCUUAGUCGUUCUUCUUAAAUGGCCUGACAUGUUCUACGAUGUUGCAGCUAGUGCAGCUUUUCUCAUGCUGGACGAAGUCGGUAUACUUUACUCGAAAUGUCUUUAGCUGGCAACGGCGAUCAACCACGUCCCGUUUUUGCUCGCCUUCUAUGCUUACUGCCAAGGCAUUCGUAACCGUGCGUAAAGAUUUUCCAGGAGGAUCUCCGGCACUUGCGGGUCUUUGUAAUAAGCGAGACUUUCCGUAUUCAAAAAACCCCUGAAGAAUGACACACAUCCGUCAGUAUCAUCCGGUCUCUAAAGGAAACAGCGGUAGGAUUGACUUGUGCGACGUCCAAACAGGACACGAGAACAGGAACCCCUUACAAUACGGGUGGCUUUGAGCCAACUUCCAGUGAAAUUAGGGUUAGGUUAAAGGCAAGUGUUAGGGCUAAGUUAAGAAGGCUAUUUAAGGUUCGAUUUAAAAUUAACGACAACGUAAGCCAGGACCAAGUUUAGGGUUAAGGUAGGGGCUUGUGUUAACUGCAGAGUUAAGGUUUAUGUUAGGGUCAGGGUCAAGACUAGGGCAACGGUUUAAUUUUAUAUUACAAUUAUUGUUGGAGCUAUGACACGGGAAUAUUUUGUCCUUUCUGAAAUUAUGCGCAGGCCCGCCUUUCUUAUUUGGGUGGGUGUUCAUGUUUCCGUGUCCUGUUUAGACGUCCACAUAAGUCGGUCCCGCCGAAAUAUCCGUUACUUGAUCUCACUCGAACGGUUAGUAGUAGAUUGUACAUCGUCCUUGCACGCAUUGGCAAUAGGACAUGUAGUUCCCACGUUUUUUAAUUUCCGCGUGUGGCUGAGACGCGUUCUUUAGGGUUCGUACACUAGUUGCCAUUUUGGUGCGCUGUCCCAGGCCCAUCAUUUUUCAGCGUCAAGGUAACGCCUUCGCUGGCGCUGAUCGUACACCGAUCGAUAAACUUUGGCAGCCACACCGGAAGAAUGAGUCGUGGCAUGCACGUAAAUACCCGUCGCAGGCUCGGCGCCAUCUGCACCUAGAACUCGGGAUUGUGGCCGGCUGCGACAUGGCUUCACCGGGGGUCAUAUUUGUACCACAUACACAGCAGAAGCUUCACGCCUUUGCUGAUUGUGUAUUUGGCGUGCCAACUGUGAUAGGUGUCCGCGUGUUCGACCGAUGUAACAGUUUAAAUUUGGCCGUUUUAUCGAUCGGUGAAAACAUAGUCAACUGUCGCAUAAUUUAGCUAUUUUCGCUAUAAGUGACAAGAAUGACGAGUACAAAACCGAUUGUGGAACAAAUCGAGGAGAUGAAGACGAAAUUAAAACUUUUGGGUGAGUUUUUCUGCAUGAAAAGCCGAAAACUGUCAGGGCUAUUUGAUCUUUUCCAGUAAAGUAUCAGGCUUUAAACCAGAGGGCGGAUCGACACUGGUUUCUUGUUUUGUAGAUUUUGAAGUUUUAGUUGGACGAUUUACGUUGGUUUAGAGGGAGACGAUUUUGCUGAACGUGUAAUCGCUUCUAUAAUUUCACGUCAGACUGGCUACAUCAGAGGAAGCUGGUUAUUAUUGAAUUCAGAGGCCACAAGACAUGAUGUACAGUUCAGCUAGGUCUUGAUGUCCACUGAAAUGCACCUUUUCAGUUAGCUAACUUCUUCCAUUUAAAAGUUAGAAAAACAAAAACAUACGUUUUGGGAAAAUAUAUUUUUUUCGACCACUUUAUUCUAACCUUAGAAACUCAAAAAUGCGUUAUACUCGAGGAGAUAUGAUGCAAACCAGGCCAGACCGCUAAUUAUCCAGAACUCCUGUGAUCAUUCUAGCUUAACAGCAAAGCGUUGAGGAGAGUAGCUACGAGCCAACUAGAUACUGUAAGAUUUACGAUCCUCGCUGUCGGGUUUAAAUAGCAGGUGGUGAACCUAGUUACUUGAGUCAAGCUUCUGUUUGCUCUAACACAUUCUCUGCGACAUUGUUUUGGUUGAAAUACUCGCACAAAUCACGACGACUGAAACCGAUACACACCCUUUGAAAGCGUGCGUAAAUAAAAGUUGAAACAACCUUAUUUUGUUAACCGACAAAAAAGGUUUCUCAAAUGCGCUCGCACCAUCAAAAAGCAUGCACCAUAAUUUCAAGCUAAUAUGACACUCUGGCCUUCCUAUAAACACUUUCCGGAGCACCUGUGACGACUCUGCUAGAGAAUGAAGUAACCGUUCAAUUAACAGUUUUGGCCAGUUUUUUCGCAGUAAUUCAAAGGUUUUAAAUUUUUCUGUAGAGUAUCGUCUAGUUCGCUUAGUCAUUUUUGGAAACCCCGCCUUUCUUAAAAUUUGUUUUGGAAUUUGUCAGCCGUCUAUUUUUGGUUCGUAGGUCUAUGACGUCUUGGGUCAUUUCGUUUAAAGAUACGUGCAACAUAAUAUUCGACGUUUCGUUAACUUUAAUUGCGAAUUUGACCAGUUGUUCCAAAUGAGAGUCCAUACUUUACAAUACCUACGAUGUCGCCGCGAUGCAACGUGAGCAAAUGUGAGCACUUUUAGGAAUUCUGGAUAACAACCUGCAGAUAUGACCGCAUCUCCACACGUCCUUCCAUCAACACAUGCACCACACAUGAACAGCUCCAGUAGCCCACAUCACCGGCGCUUUUCAUGUCAGCGAGCAAUGUGCCAUUCGCUCCUUUCCCGGUGUAACUAUUCGGCUGCAUGGGAGAUCCGAACAGUCUGACCCCUGUGUGUGGAACCCUGGUGUGUGUGUAUAGGAAGUCAGAUCGUGUGUGUGGCACGCUCUGUCAGUCACUUCUCCCAGUCUCACAUGAGUUGAUUGACCGGCUCGGACAGUCGAUUGGCUCACGGGAUAGGGCAAAGCAUGUGAGGUCGACUCUCAUCACAUAACUCUUCAUUAUAAACAGUCUGGCACUCUUGAGCCUGUUGCAGUGCGCUAAAAGCCGUGGCUUAGAAGGUUGCCAACUGAUGCUCCAAGUAACUACGCAGUCAGCCCAGCUGUGUGUUUGUGGAUUGAGUGGCUAACUGGUAGACUGAGAGUCAGACUGCGAUGGCUCCUUAAUGGCUCUCACACAUGGAAGGCCCGAGACGCUUCCCCUUGUGUGUGUGAUCCUGGUGUGUGAGUCUAGAGGGCAGGUCGUGCAUGUAGUGCGCGCACACGGACUCUUUGGCUUCGUCAGACACCGCGUCCACUACCCGCAUUAGUCGACUGACCGGCUUGGACAGUGGACUGGUGGCUGGGAGUGAGGAGAGAGAGAGGUCGACGGUCUCAACAACGUUUCUCACCAUAAACAAUCUGAUGCGCUUAAAGCUAUCACAGUGCGCCAAAAGCCGUGGCUUGGAAGACUGCCAGCUGACGGGAUAACUCGGGCCUCGCAGUCAGUUUACUGUGUGUUUGUGAUGUGGCCGACCGGUGGACUAUGAUUCAAGCUGCAAUGGCUUCUUCUUCAUGCGGACUCCAUGACACUCCCACUCAGUGGGAUCUGAGCCAGUGUGGUGGCAUACUUAGGUGCGGAAUUUUGCUGUGCCAACCACCUGCGACCUCCACUGUCUCCAGUCUUCUUGACUCUGUUUUGACACCAGGCUCAGAUGGGGGAGGAGAAGAAAGUGCGGUAGAUGCAGCGCAAGUCGACUGCCAUUGUAAGCUAAUUAAAGCGUAGUUCGCUGUCCAAGCUCCCACCCUGCCGUGGAGCACACAGUGCGCAUCGUCGGAAACGACGGUCGAACUUUCGUUGCAACUUGCUGACACUUAAAAGCAAGUCUUCGUUCAAAUUUUGAGUUUCAAGCUGGGGCUUCCUGCAACAUGAUCAGCAGAUAGUAACCUUUUACUAAUACCUCUCAUAAAAAAACUGUGGUGACUUUGGGAAUGUAUGGAAAUGACGACAAAUAUUCAUGCCAACUAUGUGUUAACUUAUCCCAAGUGCGAUCUUUGACGACGACUGAGAAAGGCACUGAAAGUAAACCAGUUAACCGAUUCAAAUUGAGAUUAGGUUUUACGCUCUGUAAUAUUGCAAGCCUGUCCAGGCGAUCUUUUCCACAAGAAGGAAACUAUCGACAGAUAUUUGGGUGAACUAGUACAGCACUGUCGUUCAGUUAAUAAAAUCCUAACUGGUAUCGAGUACCAAAAUCACAAAGUUGCACGUAUGAAUGACAGCUUAAUUGUCGAGGUCGACGAUGACCAUCGUGUCCCCAAUGAGGCGGCCUCAUGGCCGAUACUUGGGCGAGAAUUUGUUGAUAGUAGACUUACGCAGCGUCUGCCGCACUUUUCCCCACCGUCGCUUGGAUCUAGUGACGAGAUAGUGUUAGGAGGAUCGAAGACGGGUCCGAGCGCAGUGAAUGACAGGACUAGACCGUUCGUCUGCGCCUGCCACAGACGACAUGGUGUCCGCAGGAUAAACCAGGCAAGCAUGUAUGUACAUAGUGCAGGUUGUUCCCAGGCGGGGUCUGACGGAUAGUGGUCAAAGUUACGAAUGACUAAGUAUAGACAGGAUAGGCUCGCAACGGUUCUGUGUCAACUAUUGUGUAGGUGCAUUCGCGAUCAGGUUGCGAGACGUCGUCGUCCCGCUGUGCUUUGGGGCUCGACCUAAUGUCCUCGUAGGCAGUCGCAUAGCGACUAGUGAUAUAUCUUAGAUGGGGUUGGAAAAAUCGCCAAAAUGAGAUAGGACCGGUAAUCAAAUGCUGGCCACACAUGAGGCAAUGACAUCUGACCCGAAUCGGCAACAUCUCUGUGUCACCUUGUUACCAAUGUCUUAUGCCCUUAAUUUUCUCGCCCUGCGUGUCGCUCCCCUUCCCUGCCUUGGUGCUGGUCUUGUGCUGGACGGCUGGAAUCUUAAGUUGGCCUUAUAUUCAUCUAAGGUAUUUGUGUUCCGUGUUCGCAUUUCCAGGCUCAAACCCCUGAAUUUCCAGUCGAAAAAUAAGCCUUUGCUUUUUGUUUUAUCGGAGACUUCAGCACUACAGGUAUUCAUUCGAAAGGAGGCAGCAAUGGAAAUAUCGAAUAUAAACGUAAAAGGCGACCCCAAUCUGUAUUUCUACGCCAAUUUAUUUUUUUCCGCACUUGUCCUUUGGCAGAUGGUGAUACAAAGGCCUACUACGAGGCUUCACUGCGCUAUCUUCAAGAGGCUAAGGAAAAGAUCCACGCCCUUCGCACGGAAGUGCGCGAACUGCGAAAGGACUAUAAGGACCACACGGAUGUAAUCCUUCAUGCUUUCCGGUUGCGAAAUAUAGCCCUGAUUCCCUUUAUAAAAAAUAUUUUAAUGACGCUUCAUUUCAUUUUUAGACGGCCGAGUUUUUAUUCGAUCAGGCUUUUCAGAAGAGUAAAGAGAACUACGCAAAGCUGGCGAAUAGGACGGCGUCGGUGAGCAGUUUUGUCCUCUGUAGGCCUAGUUUUAGCAAGUAGUCACCGCGAUGGACUACGAGGUAUCCAGCAAGCUCAACCAACUGAAUGCCUUACGUCACCAGACCAAGUAAAUCUAUUACUGUGUGAAGUCUACUUAACUGUUUGUGUAUACAGCAGUUUUCUCCCAGCCUAAUCGACUGCGUUCCUAGAAAACCUUGACUUCGUUGCACUUACUGCGCGUUGUUAGAAAACGCCUUACUGUGAACUAACAGCUCUAGUGGAGCAAGUUACUAGGCAUAUAAGCAUCCAAAAUUGCUUACUGUUAACUGCCGUAUGGACAUCGGAACCACAAAACAUUUAGGCACCCUGCUUUUGAAAUCUUCACGAGCCUGGUUGUAAAUGAAAAAAGCUUACCCAUGAAAUCCAUUACCUCUUUCUUUGUAAACGUUGCAAUCACAUCUUCUUUUGAGGUCAGCUUAUGAGAAAAAGUGAGUAUCUCUGACUACCACCGAUAAAACCGGCUGUUGUCAAUGCUUCAGUUAAAAUAGAAUAAUUUCCCGUCAGCGCGUCCUAUGUUGUCCAGAGGAGUAUUCUUUGUAUUGCAUCCAAACAUACACAUAGUAAAUAAUGGUAACGAUUCGAUUGACAGUUGGUAUGCCAAAAGAAGGGGCGUUCUCCUGGUGAAUGCUUCUUCAUAAAAUCCCCUGUCUUUAUGUCUUUCCACGACAUCUAAGACUGAGCUGGGCAUGUGUGUUCGUUAACGCUGCAGACGUAAAAUACCUCUAGGAAAUCCACAAUUUAGAUGUCAGAUUUGUGGGGUCGACUGCAUUAUUAACUACAGCUACUGCUGUCAGGCUUGAAAUGACAGGCCAUUCAAGCCGACGCUAACGGGGCGAGACACACUUAGCGACUUAAGAAAUAACUCUUGAAAUAACUGUUAGAAUUUGUUGUCCGAAAUGCCUUAAACGAGCGCAAUUUGCUCGCUGGAGCAUGAAGGUUGAGAUAGUUGGAAUUAAUUUUUCCCGCUCUACGGAUGUGAGGGGCAGAUAAGAAUAACUGGGAUGGAUGUUCCUUGGGUGUGAAACAGUCGCUGGUUAUCGUCACGAGAAAGCGACUUUAGAGUGGGAGCGACUGAUCAUAUGUGCUCCCAGGCCUAUACAAUGCACAAGGCGUUUGACGUGACGGGCAGUACUGUUUCACCUAAAGUGUUUUGUGAGGGCCGUUCCGAUAACUUCAGUGUUAUUAGAUCAACAUUUAUGAGUACACAUUUAAACGGGUUAUGACAAAAUACACUGCUCUCCUGUUCUAACGACGCCAUCCUAGGUUGGAGAGUUGCCUGAGGGUAUUGUUAAUUUUCUGCAAACCAUAGCCCUCAAUUAUAACUUCGUAGUACUUUUUAUGUAACAAAGAAUGAAAAAUUUCCGCGUUAUUCUUGGACCUUCUGCUCUGCUUGCCGGUCCAUGUUCCAUCGCCACCCAUUAAAUGCCCGUUUGAUUUUGAUAGGCGAUUUAUAUAAUCGGAGUCGCUCCUUAGCAGGUUUUCAUCGCUGGGCUUAUUCCGAUAUAUCUUCUUUGACGUUGGUUCAUAUUAAUCAUGACGAUGGAUAGUCAUUUCGUUCCUAUUAGCAUCGUCAUGUACGCUGGAUAUCUCUGUCACUGUCAAUAACGGAGAAGUCGGUCCUGUUACGUUCGACCGACAGGAGAAUCUCCUAUCCUGUUUUGGGUGUUUAUUCUGAGAAAUUUCUGCGUGACUCUCUCUCUAAGCAUCCAUGGAGUCUUUUCAUACGUUGCCAAAUGUCUUACCUUAUGGGUUUCUCUGUAAUUACGUGGAAUUAUGAUUUUCUGUGGCAAGGUUUUGGUUUUCAUUUGACAUUUAUCAGUAAACAAAGUGGUCAGACAAUUUUUAACAUAAUAAAGUGUAGUUUUUGUUUCAUACAAAACAUCCCUCGGAAUAAGCAUUGAAAAGACGUUAGAUACAUGGCUAAAUAAUCUCAAUCAGGCCCAUAUUUCGUCAAACUCUGCAAAUGUACUCCUCAGGGCGUGCACUAAGCUGCUUCAGGCGGCGAAUGACAAGUUUGUUCAGAUCAAGAGACAGUUGGUGCAAUGGCAGCAGAGGAUAGAGGGUCAACGAGUUACUGAUUUUCUAGCGAACAAGCACUCUUGUAGCGCCCAAGCGGGGAAGCGUCGUCAACUCACGAACGGUAUUGGAGGGAGGUGUGAAUUGUUUAAUCUCAGAGGGGCCGGCUACUUCGAAGAUCUCGUCUCAAAGUUCUUGAAUAUCGAAAUGUGCAGAGUCAGGUGAUACAGGCAUUUGGAACAUCAUAUGAAAUAGGAUAGUAAAUGGAGAAAUGUUAUUUAUAAUCAAUUAUAAAAAUAAUAAGGAACUAUUACAAAAAGAGGAAAUGAAGUGAAUCGGAAAAAUGACCAGAACGACUUAUCGUAGGCUGACUGGAGGCUGUUCGUCUACGUGUGGCCUCGGAGAGACGAUUCCUGAAAAACGGAAAAAACCACUCCAUCGUGAGUAUCGUUCAAAACAACCAAGGUCGGGAGUCCGGUCAGGCCUCCGGCUGUUACACUCUGGCCUCUCUCAUCUCCAAAAAUUUAAACAGCAUUGUGUUGGACCCCAGACUAGUAGUUAUGUAGCUCUUACUAGUCAUAAAUGUGGAGCGGCGUUCAGUGGAUUCAGCUAUAGGUGUUCCAUGCUGGUCUGUCACUUUUCGGCAAAAGGGUAUACAAGGGCUUUUUGUUUUUGGUUUCCCUCAGGUUACCAGCCAGAAAAAUUGACAUUCACCUGAGAAUUCGGCACAGCUUGUGUGAUCUUCGAUCGCUAAGUGCUUGUGCCUUCUUCUAGCCGAAGUUUUCACCCAUCUUUACUCCGUCCCUUGUCUCGCAGAUCCAAAACACAGAAAGCUGAGGAUAUUGAGGCUGAAGUGAUUGCACUUCGGAAACGAAUAGACGAUGCGAAAAUAUGCUCUGACCAUGAAUACAGGCUGAUACAAAACAUCCGGAACCUUGAGAACAAACUCGAAAAGGCGGCAAUGAAAUCGAGCGAAACAGUACACAUUGGGCGUACUUACGAAGCCAUUCGACAUAAACUCAUCGAGGUAUGGAACCUGAGGAGUGGGAGUUUAUGUUAUUUCUUUAUAAUUGCUUGCGACUGAUGCUCGCCCGCUUCCCCAAGGACCAAUUUAGGUGUCAUUUUCCCAUUCACUAUUCACAGGAGAAAUCUACCUACGCCACAACAGUGGAGACCCUUGAGACUGAGAUCAGACGUUGUAGCGCCAAAUUGGUUGAGGUUAAACUUGUCAGCGAGGAUGCGGUUAUGUUGAAAGAGCAAGCAAAGGCAGAGCUAAAACGCCACGAGGAGAUUAUUUACUCCCAGAAGAAGAGGAGAGAACUAGAAGUUGUGAACCUGCGACGAACACUUGAGGCUUGCAAGGGCGAACCCAUGCCAACUAGGACACUGGUUGUAAGUCUUGCUAAUAUACGCUUUAGUUGCUGUUUACACCAUCGUAGUUUGGGGGAAAAUAGAUUAUAGAAAGUUUAUCAAAUCCGGGAUUUUUUGAAAACACGGUCUCCGGUAAUGCAAGCAGGACGCGCAUUUCUGAUAUUCCGCCGUUGUGCCACUCCUCAGUGUGGCCAGGUGCAUCUGGAGUGGGAACCAUACUAUGCGUGGCACUCGUCUACUGGCUGCUUAACCCUGUCAGCCAUUGCGACCGCGUCCACCUCCGGCCGUCUUGAUUCUGUCUUAAUAUUGGAACAACUUUGGUAAGGAAAGAGAAAGUGAGGGUAUACACUGUGAUAGUCUGCCUGUAUGGCGUGCGAAACGUCGCAUAUCAGAACGUGAGCACCCCCCUUACGCGGGAAACAUGUCCUUUGGCAUAUCCUAGUACAGUAAGUGGGGACUAGAUCGUGUGUGGUAAAGGUAGACCCGCUGUUUAACUUUUUCAGCCACUGUGCCUUAGCCCAACACCAGCUGACUGAGAGGCUUAAACAUUCGGCUGGUGCAGGGAAGAGAGAGUGCGCGAACACAGGGAAAGCCAUCCCCCCAACAUUUUAAUGUCCUUCUCUCUAUUAUAAAUCUGAUAAGUUUGAAUCUACCACGACGCGCCAAGAGUCGUGACUUGGAAGGUUGUCAGCUGAUGGGGCAACCCUAUCGUCAUGGUGAGUAUUUUGGAGUAACUUGAGGACCGAGAGUCAGGUUGCAAUAACACCUCCUCAAUGUGGCUUUUACGGCGUUCGCACGCACAUGAGCUCCAAGACGCCCUCGUGAAAUCCUGGCACACUGCGCAGGGACCAGACCCUGCGUGGCACGGGUGGGUGGUCUGUUUGGCUGUCAACCGCUGCGCCCGCGCCCACCUCCGGUCGUCUUGAUUCGGUCUUGAUAUUGGAACAACUUUGGUAAGGAAGGAGAAAGCGGGGUAUGCAUUGUGAUAGUCUACCUCUCUAUCGAUAAUUCACGCGCAAAUUGCCAUUGCUGGACCCACAUCAGGGAUGCGCGGUGGAUGUUGAAGUCUGCAGCAGUCGAACUGUCAUUAAACUCCGGAAGAUUGUGUUUUUUAUUUACCAAUAAUCAAGUCCCCGUGGUCGAAGGUGGAAUCCAGGAAAUUUUCACCUAUUUUUCUUUUUUCCUGUCUUUUGAGAUUGACUUCAGCUUACUAUCUUACCACAAACAGAGCUUCAUGGUAAUUUUUUGAAUUUCUCGUCAAUUUCCUUUCCAGAGUUUCUUAACUCCUCUCUGUGAAGUCCCAUCCGUAUAACUCCUAUUAGCCCCAUCCCCGUAAGACACGCUCUACCGGUUAUCUCUUUUUGACCCCGGUCAUAUAGUUUAUCCUUGCCAUGUAGUUCUGAAAUUUUAUAAUUAUACUCAUUCGAAUACUUUAUCUACCUUCCAGAUAGAAGAGGAUAUAAACAAGAGCGAGGCAAGUUAAUAAAGCAUGUUUGUCUUAUUGUUUCUUACGUUUCAGAGCGGCAACCUUUUCUGUAACUUGACGAAUUCUAUUCUGAGUCAAGCAGCAUCAUGAACGAAGUUCCUCUUGGAAUUUAGUUAACUCGAAUACAGAGCUACUUUACGAGGAAAUUCAGUUCGACCUUGGUGGGUAUCUCGGCACCAUAAGGUUGACUGUGUGAGCCUCCUUCGACUUGCUGCUGUUAGUAAGGGGAACUUUUGAAAUAUGUCUUUCUCCUCCUUUUUAAUUUCUUAGCAAUUGAGCUCACGCUAGUAGCAACAACAACAACAACCACCACCAGUAGCAACGGUUCCGCUUUAUAUUUUUAGUCUGCCGGAACCCUAAAUCAAGAACCCAUGUUGGGGUCCGUGUCGUCGUCAGCAUUUGAACAUGACUUUCAUUGUGUUUGAUCAUGGUACGGGCCUGAUGUCCAUUGCUCACCUUCACUGCGAAACUCAUGACAGACGGCUGGCUAGUCGAAAUAGCAUCUUCCAGCCCCACAACACGGUGCCAGACCACCAGCUAAAUAUAGAGUGAUCACCACCUAUGAUGAUGUCAGAUUUCAAUGCAGAUUUAGGAGCUUUUCACAGUCUUCUUUUCUACCGCCAAGUUUUGAUUUGAAAAACUUCUUUUGCAAGUCGAUCAACAAGAACUAGCCACUCGCCAUUUCCGUCCCCUUGUUCAUUGAUGCGACGGAACUUUGAUUAGCAUUCCCUCUUUGUCUGCUUGGAACUGUAAUCAUAACGCGGCCUAAAGUAUUACCUCCGGUCUUUGCCACUAGCAAGACGGCAAUCUCGAAGGCCAUGAGGACAGCACGGUAAGCGAAAGCCUUAAGGCUAUGAAAAUGCUUGAACAAAUCUAUCACGAAUUGAAAGCAGUCACGGGAAUUGCGGACUUGGAGGACAUGGUUAAUCGGUUUGCAGAACUGGAGGACUCCACUUUUCGGCUCUCUGUACUUCGCGACUUGGCCGACAUGAGAAUAACCACUCUCAAGGAGCAGAACAAAAAGCUGACUGUUGCCUUCAAUGAUCUCCGCAUUAUGGCUGAUUCCCGUCUAAAGGAGUAAGCUUGCUUUCUAACAGGGUCUUACAAUCCCAAGAAUAUUGGUAACCGCUUCAUUAGAGUUCGCCAGACUAUUUAAGAAUCCGGGGCUUUGUCGAAAGCGUCAGCUAUUUUAAAAUUUAUUUUGCUUCCCCUACGCUUACGUCUUCCCUGAUCCUCUCGGUUACGAUGGUCAGCCACAAAGGUCAGAUCACGAAGUUUACUGCGCAUGUUUCAGGUCAUAAUUUCUGGGUUAACAUCAUCAACCGCAGCAUAUGCAGACGAUGUCAUUCACUAUUGGUCCGGACACACGUUCCACUGUGUAGAAAACGAUCUAUUAACUAUUUCGCGGGAGGUAGGUAGAACAAUAAUCCGUUGCGAGCAAGAUUUAUGGCGAAGUCAAAAGUUAAAUAUGGAUGUUUUUGGUUAAUGUAAGUAUGGCAUUGCUAAACUCAAAAAAGCGUGAUGACGUUCGAUUCUUGGCGCGCUUUUACGCCUAUUUCAUUCCUCCGUAAAUAUAAAUUACUACUCCCCAAGAUGAAACGAUUCAGGGUGGAAUGCUAGUUAAGAUGUCUUUGUGUUCAUCCAGUUGUAAAACUCGUGAAUCAAGUUUUAUUUUAGUCCCCCUAUGGAAAAGAUGGCUUGGCUGACGGAGAUGUUUUUUUCGGUCCUGUUCCUGUUGUGAGCAACUAAGACAUCGAGCGCAACCUACGUCAGCCAAGAAGAAAUAAACCAAGCAGCCCAAUGAUACGAUAUACUGGUCGGGGUCGCCUAUGUGCAUUCCCCCCCCCUGGACGGAUACGCAAACAGGAACGCCUCCUGUAAAUAGAGGUGACCAUUAGCUAAAUUCCAGGAAGGGUAUCUAUUUUCAUGUCCUAACCGUAGCACUGGUCUUAACCUUAAUUUCCCAUGAAUUUAACGUAAAACCGCCUGUAUUAAGGGGGAUCCUAUUCACGUAUCCUGCCUCGGUGGGAGGCUGCACACAAACGAUCCGUACCAGUACACUUAAAGAUAAAGUUUCCAAUCUCAUAGUUUAGCAAAAUUAGCAGUUGGCUUCCUGGUCGCCGAAGCCGAAGGUUCCAGGUUGUAUGCAGGAAAUCCCAUUAUCCACUGUUAUUCCACAGUCAGAAAAACUCUGCGUGUUUCACGCUGAUGUAUUCACUGGACUAAUUUCCCUUGUCCGCAGCAAAGAAAACUGGUAGGGUGCUUCUCAUUCUGGUUUUCAUUGGAAAUAUUAAGUUUUUAGGUGCUGGUGAGCGGUUUUUAUCAACUUACUCACUUACUACUAUUGCGAAUUUUAUGCAGUCACUGAGCCCUCCCUCCCUCAGCGGACAUUUGAAGGUUUGCACAAUCUUACAUUUUAUACAGUGAAAGCAUCAUUGACGGUGCAAAGAAGACACUGGAAAAUUCGUCUGAGAGCCUGAGGGCGGCGGCGACUGAGCUCGAUCACCUAAGGCUUCAAGCUGCUGAGAUACGUUCUGCAAUUGAGCAUAUUUUCCUCAAACUUCAGCAAAUCAAAUCUGACGGAAAGCGCGGACGCAAGCAUUCGCAACAUUAUAUGAAACACCUGGGAGACAUGAAGACGACCGACCUUUUGAAAGAGUGUAUUGAACGUCAGGAGCAACUUGUCUCAGACUUGAGCGACUAUAACCUCAAAGAAAAAUUACGUGAAAUGAAGGCCGAACACGUAAGUUGAAUUUGCUAACAUUAGAAAAUUAGGAAGUUAAAGGUGGGCUUCAAUUAAGACGCAGGAUAAGCUUAAAACUCUGAGACGUGGGCGUCCAAUUCGAGCCUAAACCCACGGCGAUGCUUUAGAUCCCUUCUAUACUUUAUCGACCUUCUUUACUGAUCACAAAGGCAUGAAGACGACAAUGAUGUUCUAUUUUAAACUUGGUCUUCCCCGAGCUUACUGCGGUUCGCACUGACGUAACUUUCCCAGCGGAACCUAGCGCUUUUGGGGAUAAAGUGAAAUUGUCAAGAAUGGAAAGGGGAGACAUUAAUCUCUUGCGUACAUGCUAAAACAGAUAUGAUUAAUGUCAUGUCUUUUUCGUUGCACUGAUGUAGGGACUUAAAAGAAGUUUAUUUUCUCCUUCUCGACAUCGUCUAUCUGCUCAUCAGGCCUUUGGUUCGUAUACUCUUUAAGCCGCCAUUCCAACAACCCAAGAUAGUUAGCCACAAUACAAUUUUCGGUAGAAAGGGGAACAAUUUACUCCCCGUAAUCAUUCAUUUUCCUCCUAAUCUGUGCUUUUUACUAAAAACGAAAACAAUUCAUGAGGUGUGAAAGAAACAGAGGUAUUUUACACAAAACAAAACGGACGCUUGCGGUGAACAUAAGCAAGUUGUUGACAAACAAUUUUCGAUUAUUUCGAAUGUUCGGACUAAACAUGUCUCGUAUAAAUACUUUGGAACAUAUUCUUGCGUGUGUAUAUCUUGACGGGUUGAUAUGACUAUUCCCUCCUGAGUGUCUCCAGGAUCAUUAAAUUCCUGAAUAAAAUUAAUCGAGAAAAUGUUGAAAAUACAUGGUGAGUCUAGCACUUACUUGACUGGUAAGCGAUUCUAGCUAAAAAAUCAAACUAACGGCAUUGAAACCAUGUUUUUAUCCAGUUAGCGACAAAGGAAUUAUUCAAUUCAUUGUAAAAUUAUUCUACAUUCGAACUGGAUUAAGGCGUCAGUGCAAAGAAUAGAGGAUGGAAUGGCGAUUUCCGCCUUGCUACCCCUCAUCAGGCGGCCGUAAGCGUAAGUAACUGCCUGCGAAAACUCUGAACUGGCGCUCCAAAACACAAGGGGCACCAUGUUCCCUGUUUUGAGCAUUUGACUAGGGCCUCCCUCUUUCAAAACAUAUAUAUAUAUAAUGGUAGAGGGGCGCUCACCGAUCGUUUCUAUGGAACUCAUUCGUCCUGUUGUGUCUCAGGGCUCUCUCUCGGGUCCAGCCAGCAGCCGCACAGCGGCGCAUGAUAUAGGCAGAAUGGUAUAACCGACAAGGACAAGGGAGACUGGAAUGGCCAUUUCUGGUUUAUUAGCCGUCGUCAGCCAGUCAUGCCCAACCCCGAAGUGUGGAACACCCGAGGCUCGACCUCGCGACCUGUUAGUUAGAAGUCCAACGCCUCUAACCACUGAGCCAUGGGCCCGUUGUCCUGUAUGUAUGACUGACUGACGAAGGAUAAGAAGCCAGAAAUGGCCAUUUCAACCCCCCUUGUCUUUGUGGAUAAUAACAUUCUGCCUAUAUGUAUAUCUAACAGCGCAGAGGGACGACGGAGAAUGCGGGUAGAUUGAUACAGUACUGUGUCGGGCUUAUUGUGCCUUCAUUCAGCCAAUCAUAACCCUGACCACCAGCAGCUGGGACCAGAAACACAAACAUGCGCACAGACGCACCUGGCGCAGCUGGCGCACCUGGUCCACCACUGGGGCCUACCACAUGGUUCAUAGGCACCUCAUCGAACCGAAGUUCAUCAGUGUCUUGCCACCUCUCGUCCGGUGUCGCUGCAGAUCGGGUAUUUAUUGAAUGAAGGCAGAAUAAGCCCGAAGCAGUACUGUAUCAGUCUACCCGCAUUCUCUGUCGUCCCUCCUCGCUGCUAUUAUUACUUGGCCGACAUCGGCCUGGUAACUGGUUGCCUCUUCGUGACCUUUGCCAUCCAUACGUAGCUUGUUUCCUUCGUGAAGCCAAAAGAUCCGUCUGCGCCCAUUCCUGAUAGAAUAUAUAUAUAUAUAUAUCAUGUAUAUCAUCCCCCGAGGAAGACGAAGAAGAGAAAGCGAUUUAAUGGACCAGGUUGUAUUCAGACUGACGAGGCGGAUGAAGAAUGCAAACACGCCAUGCGGCAACAGGUGUCGUCCUUACUUCUCCAGCACAAACCCCAAAUGACGAUUUCCGAAGCUGAAGAUUGAGAACUUUUCAAUAUACGAAAAAUUGAAAAUAUCGUCACCCUCCCUGCUGAAAAGGGGCGCUCGACGGUCGUCAUGGAUAAGACCGAAUACUGGACUAAACUGGAGAACUUGCUGAUAGACACGGAAUCUUAUGCGCUUUCGGAUGCCAGCGAGUUCAAAAAGCUUGUAAACAACACAAACAAGACAGUAGGUAGGUUAAAGAAAGCAAACGCCCUCACGAGAAGAGAGGCCCUGUCCGCGAAAGCCACUGACACCGCGAUGGCACGCUUCUACGGCCUGUUCAACGUAUACAAGCCAGGAGUGCCCCUCCGCCCAAUCGUCUCUCUACGUGGCACCCCAACCUUUGGACUGUCAACGUGGCUGUACCAGCGACUGUGUUUCCUCACCAAGGACUCAGAGUGGACGGUGAAGUCAGCUGAAGAGUUUUUGACUCGGAUCCGACACCGUAGAGUGGAGGCAAAUGAGGUGAUGGUCUCCUUUGACGCGGUCUCACUGCUCACAUCUAUCCCACCUGGCCUGGCCAUCGACACUCUCGACGGACUUCUCCGAGAAAAAUACGACGAGACCGACCAACAGCUUAAACGAGUGCACAUCAUCGAGCUCCUAGAACUGUGUCUCAAGACUUUCUUCACAUUUAACGGCCAAGUGUACGAGCAAAAAGGGGAACGCCAAUGGGUUCACCUCUGUCUGGACUAA